AAGGCUGACAGACAUUAAUAACUUGGUAGAAAUUAAUUUACUAGUUUCAGCUUGGAGUCAAGAGUAGAGCAAAGCAAGGUCUGUGGUCAGAGGUGGUGGGUGGAGCCUAAAGUCGCGCCCACCUCUGGCUUAAAACCUCACUCUGGAGUCUCCAUGGACACAUUCAGCUUUGACUGACGGAGCUGCAGUGACCAGUUCUUGGAAUACCACUAUGAAAUUGCUUCAGGAUUCAGAGGACGCAAAGGCUGAAAGAAAGCGUCUCAAACCUCAGGUGGAGAGACGUCGAAGAGAGAGAAUGAACCGCAGCCUGGAGAGCCUGAAGACUCUUCUGCUACAGCGACAGGAAGCGACUCAGCGCAGAGUAGAGAAAGCUGAGAUACUGGAGCACACAGUCCUCUUCCUACAGACCACUGCCAAAAGAGAUGAGACGGGAGAUGGAGGUGGUGGAGGCCAGAAACACUCCUUCCAAGACGGCUUCUCCACCUGCCUGCAGAGAGCGUCUCAGUUCCUGGGACCUGAGGGGAAAGGCCUGUGGCUCGGAGCAGCUCUGGAUGCGUCUUUUGCUGCUCGCCUUUCCCGUCCAGACUCUGAUUCUGCAGGUGUUCAACAAACAACUGAAGCUCGUCCUUCAUCCAACUCUCUACUUCUCAGGAAGUCCUCAAGGCAUAUUCUUCGGUUGCUGAUACUCAGGUCUCGGCUCAGACGAUGCACGCCUGCUGUCCCUGCGGCCAGUUGUGUUCAGACCCGGCGAGAUUCACACCGCCCACUCACAGCUCCACAACAGCCCCAAAAAGUGGCGCGUAGAGUGAGCACACAGGGCCCGUCUCAGAGCCAACCGGUCAACCAGACUUUGUCUGUUUGUUUGUGGAGGCCCUGGCCCUGAUCACAAGGCAGUGACCGCAGAAACUGAACUUUAAAAGACUCGUAACAUGCUGAUAAAUAUUCAGACAAGAGCAUGUGUUGUUCAUCUGACUUUCUGCAUGGACAUUUUCAGUACAAUGUAUUGAACACGAGCCUCCUGCUUUCUGUAAAGUCUGAUACGUGUGUAGAUAUUGUAAAUUUAUUAUGAUCACACCAAGUGCUGCUGCAGCCUGUACGGGCCAACUCGUUUUGAUUGUGACAUGUUAUGUUCUUUGCACCUUAAUUUAUUUCAGUUGUCAUUCGAAAAUAAACAAAA